AUGGUCUCGUCGUUGAGGAAAUUCGCGCCACGCCGCGAGCACAAGGAGCGUGGGCAGAUCUCGAGUCGCAAAAGCCUCGGCUUUCUCGAGAAACACAAAGACUAUGUUCUGCGGGCGCGCGACUACAGCCAAAAGCAGGCACAGCUGAAGCGGCUGCGGGAACGCGCGCGCGAGCGCAAUCCCGAUGAGUUCUACUUCAACAUGGAGAAGGCGCAGAUGAAGGACGGGGUGCACAUUGAGGAGCGCAACGAAGUGCUGUCGCCCGAGAUGCUGAAGCUGAUGGAGACGCAGGAUAUCAAAUACGUGGCGGCGCAGCGCGACGUCAACCGGCGCAAGAUCGACAAGCUCAAGAACUCGAUGCUGGUGCUGGGUCAGACCGAGGAGGAGACACCGAGGCACACGGUGUUUGUGGACUCGGAGGAGCAGGUCAAGGCGUUUGAUGCAGCCGAGCAUUUCAACACGGUGCCGGAACUGGUUGGCAGGGCGUACAACCGCCCGACCAGGGAUGCGCUGGAGACCAAGACCGUGGUGAUGCCCAUGAAAAGGGACCUGAAGAAGGCGGCCAAGCUCAAGGAGAAGCAACUGAUCGAGCUGCGCGAUCGGCUCAAGCGUGAGGAGCAGCUGCGGGUGGCGGAGACCGAGAUGAACAUCAGGCGGGCGCUCAAGGAGAAGGGCCAGAAGCGCAAGGUUGGCAGGGACCGGAACGGACUGGCAGUGUACAAAUGGCGUGCGGAGCGCAAAAAGUGA